GUCGUCAUCGCACCGCCUGAUGGAGAUGUCUAUCCAGAGGACACCUUUGAGCUCAACUGCAAGCCAUGCUGCCAGGGGUCGAUCCCGCCGUCCAUCCCAGCAAACGCCUUGCUGUAUAGGUUCGCGCCGCUCGGACAGUUGCACACACCAGCGGAGUGGCGUCAGAUCUUCGAGGAUGGGAUCGCGACUGCGCAGAUGGAGAGGGCCAACAGGGGCAUCGCCGACGCUGCUGCUGAUGCAGAGUCUGGCGCUGUGCGCGACCGUGUGGCUCUACACGGGUGGACCGCGCACGCUGGACUGCCAGGCGGGCCACCCGCUGCCGUCGCUGGUGCAGGGGACGGGGCCGUGGUGCCCAUGGCCGCGGGGCCGCCUGGGCUGGGGGCCGCUGGGUCAGCGCACCGCCAGUGGAUCGUGGUGGCCAACGAUGGGCAGCCAGGAGCGCCAGCAGUCGGAGCUGAUUGGAGUGAGGACGCGAGUGCGGUCAUCGUGGGCAACUUCGCGCUUGUCAAGCUCGGCACCUCGACCCUCGUCUUGGAGAGUAUCGACGUCGGCAGCAAGCAGCUCAAGCUGGUGGCCAUGAGGGGCGAGCUUGAGCAGGCUGUGGCUGCGGCGUCGGGAGGCGGAGCUGGACCACAAGCGGGGGCAGCAGCCGCAUCGGCUGGAGCUCAGCUCAAGGCCACGGACGCACGGGUGCUGCCAGUGCUCUAUGACCAGAUGGGCCAGAGGUUUCGCUUUUUCGUUGACGCAGUAGGCCUGCUCGAGGAGCCGCGCUUCACGGACUUCCCGAUCCAGGGCCCGAGGACCUCGUUCUGGCUUUGCAGGUUCAUUCGCGAUCAGGGACAGGUGCCGCGGACCAGGACCGAGAAGUGGAUGCGGGACGCCCAUGUGCCUGACAACGACAGGGUCAAGCACGAGCAUAGCAGCCUCAUGGAGAUCCUUGAGUAUGCUCUCACCCAUGACCAAUUGGAUGUGUCAUCAUUGGCCUCGUUUGAGAUCCUGGUGCGAAGGGUUCAGUUAUUGGAGGAGGCCUACACGUCGAAUCCGAAGGCGCCGAGGUUCGAGGGGAGCGAGCACUACCAGGGGCUCGGCAGGGGGGUCGCCGCUGCGGCCCCGAAGCUCACCUCGCGCGUUGCUGGGCAGCUGCAGGGCGAGGCGCAGAUCCGGAAGGGGCGACGCAAGGGCCACCAGCCAGUCGAGGCCGUCUUCGGAGACCUUGGCGCCUUCACCGCAGUCGGGGCCGCCAUCAAGGACCUCGGCGAGAUUUUGUUUGAGGCGUGGCGGAUGGUCGCCAGCGUGACCUACUGCCGCUGUCAAGGGGUGGACAUCUACCAGGUUCUGCCCGCGGACGCGUCGCACAAGCUCAAACGGUUUCGCGACACCAUUCUUCUCAGUGGCGAGGAAUAUGCACUGCGUAUCAAGAGCGAGGGACUGCCCAACCUAUACUUUGACCCAGUGCUGGAGGCACAGCCCGCCAAGUGGGAGGGAUUUUGUCGGGAUCUACGUGGCAGGGGGCUGGUGCGCUGGACCCGAACCUACAAAGAAAGGGUUUGCUUGUUUUUUGUUCGCAAGAAGAGUGGUGAUUUACGAUUCAUAUGUGAUGCGCGUCGGAGUAACGUUCGGUUCGAUAUCCCUGAUUCCAUUCAGCUUGCUACUGGUGACUCGCUCAGCCGUCUCGAGAGCAGCUCCGAGCAGGCCAUCUACUCUGCCAGUUUUGACAUCGAGGACUACUUCCACGAACUCAGGAUCGAUGAGGAGCUCUCGCAGUACUUCGCGCUACCAGCGGUUCGGGCAUCGGCAGUCGGGGCGGAGAGCAUCAAUGGCAUCAAGGUCGACACCCACGAGCUCAUCUACCCGGAGGUUAUGCGUCGCGCUGGCCUGCCUCCUCCUCGCUUUCUUCGCGACGGCGCCCCGCCGCCCUCGCUGGGCGGGGGGCCCGUGCACAUGGCCUACGUUGACAACUUUGGGGCCAUCGGCUGUGACAAGGCCGAGGUCGAGGCUAUGCGCCGCCAGGCGCUUGAAGGCGCCAAGAAGGCUGGGUUUCACGUUCACGAGAUCGAGCGCGUCAGUACAUCCUUGGACAUCAUUGGCGUGCACUUGGAUGGCGAGAGGAAGGUGGUCACGUUGUCUGCGGCGAGGUCAUGGCGGAUCUAUGCUGGGCUGCGCGCACUUGCGCGGCGGGGACGGUGCACUGGGAGGGAGAUGCGGGCCAUCCUGGGCCACCUGUGCUUCGCCUUCUUGCUGCGCCGCCCGUGUCCAUCCUGCAUUGCUGCCGCGUCUGCCUUUGCCGAGUCCGCUGGUAACGACUGCAAGAGCCUCUGGCGCAGCGUCAAGAGGGAGUUUCUCAUCGCUGCCGCGAUCUUGCCGCUGGUCUACGCGGGCAUCGCGGCGGGCUGGCUUGACCAGGUUGUGGCGACUGAUGCGAGCACUACUGGUCUUGGCGUUUGCGUUGCGCAGUGGACCACGCAUGCUAUCCAGCUCGCAGGCGUCCACGACGAGCGCUGGAGGUUCAAGAAGGACCCGCAGCGCAAGCGCAGGGAGGUCGCCCUGGCGGGCUACGACGUCGCCGAGCCUCCGGUCGACAGGGGCGGCAACCUCACAGUUGACAGCGACGAGGGCGCCUGGCUGGCCGUCGGGGACUUCCCAGAUGUCGAGCCCGCCGCCGUCAAGGAGGCGAAGUGGGCCGUGGUCGCCAAGCGCCCCUGUGGCAGUCACGAGGGUGCCAUCCAUGUCAAAGAGGCGAGGGGCGCGAAGCUCGGCCUCAAGCACGUGGUCCGAUGUGGCCGCUGGCGGCACAGGAAGGUCCUCAUGCUGGUCGACAACAUGGGACUGGUGCUGGCGCUCCAGAAGGGUCGAUGUCGCGACCCAGCUCUCCUCGGUCAGCUUCGUCAGAUGGCCGCUUUGCAGCUCGCCACUGGGCUGCGGGCGCAGUUUCGCUGGACCCCGUCCGAGUGGCUGAUGCUGGCCCUGCAUGGCGUCCUCCUCCUGGGCUUGUUCAUCCUGAUGCCUAGGGCUGUCACGAGGGCGCCGGGUGUGGUCCGCAGGAGGCCUGCUGGCGUGACGGCGCGCAACGUGGCUCCGCGAAUCGAGACCUCCCCCGCUAUGCACUUGGUCAGCUUGGAGACUCGACUUCGCGAGCAGCAGCCUCUGGUGGACGCAGGGUCAGGACCAUCCGAGCAGGCGACCCUGCCCCGCCCCCUGGCGAUGCCAGCCGAGCGCCCAGGCGGCUCGCGGAGAUCGCGGUUCACAACCUCGACAAGGCAGGCUGCCGCGCGCCGGUCUGCCAGCGGCGGAGGCCUCUCCCACCUCGAGAGUAUCGCGGCGAGGCCUGUCCAGGUCGAGGACUACCACAAACGGAUCGAGGAGUUCUAUAGGUUCGUCCGCCGCCAGGGCUUGGGCACCUGCACCCUGGACUCCCUGGAGGCAGCGCUCCUGGACUGGGCGGGCGACGCGUUCUUGGAGGGCAGGAAGAAGCACGACGGCGAGAAGCUGAAGGCGGCUGUCCUGCACUACUACCCGAACCUCAAAAGGCCCAACACCAAGCCGCUCGCCAGGGUCGAGAGGUACCUGAAGGCCUGGGGGCGUCGGCGGCCUGCGCUGGGCCGACUGCCGCCGCCGUGCCCUGCGAUCUGCGGUCUGGCGGCGGGCCUUCACCUCCUGGACCACACGGACAUGGCGGUGGCCGUGUUGGUCGCGCUCAGCGCCUACUUGCGGCCAGGGGAGCCGCGUGGUCUCCGCGUGCGCGACGUCGCCCCUCCCGCGCUGGGCUACGGGGCGGAGUGCCAGAAGUGGUCGCUGAUCCUCGGGCCGUCGGACGGUCAGGGCGACCCGACCAAGACAGGCGUGCACGACGACAACGUGACGAUGGACCACGAGAACCUGCAGUUCCUCGGGCACUUCUUCGAGCUGCACCGCCGCGGGAAGGCCCCCGACGAGCCGCUGUGGAGCUUCACGCAGGCGGGGCUCGGGGCCAUGAUCGCCAACGCGCUCAAGGUGUGCAACCUCGAGGGCCUGGGCAUCGCGCCCUACUGCCUGCGGCGCGCAGGCCCUUCGUGGGACGUCAUCGCGGGCAGGAGGUCGCAGCUGGAGGUGCAGCGUCGCGGGCGCUGGGCCAGCAUCAGCUCGCUCAUCAGGUACGAGAAGUCGAGCAAGGUGAACUCCAUGCUGGUGAACCUAGACGACAGCGCCCAGGAGAACCUCAG